UGCGCGGUACUGCAGCCCCGGGAGAAAGUUUGAGGAGAAGUUGGAAAAGUUUUCUCUUUCCGGGCGGAACUUGGCGCCGCCUGUUCGGCGGAGGGUCGGAGCCAACAGGACCACCAUAUUACUGGAUCAGCUGUGUUCCCACAGCAUACGGUACUCGUCUGGAAGGAUGGCAGAUGACCAGCUCAAGUUUAGCCCAACGUCCUUGGGAAACAUCUUUUCACCUGUGUUGGAGUCACAAACGAACCUCCUGUUGCAAUCCGGGCAGCAGAAGGUCAACGAUGCGGCGCUUGAACUGGACAAGUUGUCGCAGGAGUUGGAGUCAAUGUGGUCCAUACAGGGCAGCUCUAUGUCCCAUCAACCAGUCCAGACCAAUGGGAAAGAUGUUCCAGUGACCACGGCAAAUCCCUUCGGAACUUCCAUCUCGAACAAGUUGGAGCCUCAGAGUAAAGAUGACCGACCCUGGCCCGUCACGGAUCUGACACGGAGCACUUCAACACAACCGUCGCAGACCUACACGCCACUGACCUCGGAAUGCGUGUCCUCCCCAUAUGGUUUUGUCCCACUGAUUUUUCCACCAAAAGACCAGCGAUCUCAGUCGAAUCGAGCCCCCUCUCCUCGACUGACAUCGGGACCCCUGAUACCAUAUUCUCAACCGGACUAUCGUUCUCAGUCAGGUCGAGCCCCCUCUCCCCGAUCAACGUCAGGAACGUUGACACCACAUUCCCAACCGGACCAACGGUCUCAGUCAGAUCAAGCCCCUUCUCCCCGACUGACAUCGGGACCCCUGAUACCAUAUUCCAAACCGGACCAGCGAUCUCAGUCAGAUCGAGCUCCCUCUCCCCGACUGAUGUCGGGACCCCUGAUACCAUAUUCCCAACCGGAAUAUCGUUCUCAGUUGGAUCGAGCCCCCUCUCCCCGACCGAUGUCAGGAACGUUGACACCACAUUCCCAACCGAACCAACGAUCUCAGUCAGAUCGAGCCCCCUCUCCCCGACCGAUGUCGGGACCCAUGACUCCGUAUUCCCAACCAGACCAACAUCGUCAGUCAGAUCGAGCCCCAUCCCCCCGUGGCUUUAACCCCCUGACUUCAUUUGAGAAGUCUGAGUUCCCCCCGUACCACACCCAGUCCCCUCUCCGUGAGUCCCCGUCUCUGAGCAGCAGUGCUGUGGACCGCAUGAUCUCUCAGUCCCCAAGCCUCUCCAGCCCAAGUCCCUUGCCCUUCUCGGGUCCCGGCUGUUUACCAGAUCUCUUCCGUGGCGCCGGUCCUCGUGAGAACAUUCCUCCGCUGUACGCCACUGCUUCCUUUGGUCCUGAGCGUAGCAAGCUGACCUUGGCCGCAGAGGAUGCCUCUCUUACACCAAGACCGAAGCCUGAAUUUACCCCUGAACUUGGAGCUUUCAACGCCUACCCAGGAGACACCUCAAAGCAGAAGAAACCAGCCAGUGUGUGGGCAGAGGCUGAUUUGGACAUUGCUUAUGAGAAGAAGUCUUCAAAGACACCAAGCCAUGAAAACAAGUGGGAUUCGAACUGGAACACAGUGAAGCAAGAAGGAGGCUGGAGACAGACAGACCUCGAUUUAGAAGUUCCAUCAAACAAGCUGACCAGAGGUCGGACCAGCGCCAAUGCCAUUCAGUUGUACGGGACCCUCCCCAAGAGCACCCAGGCUCCCAGCGCUUCCCCCUGGCAUGUCCACGCCACCCUCCCAAGGCAGAGGAGACCUGGCUCUCCCUGGGGUGGUCCCAGUCUGCCCAGUCCCAUCGUGGGCUGGGCUACUGUUCCCCCGGGAGGUCCCCGAACCUCGGCCAUCAAGGAGCGCCGGAACGUUCUGCCCCUGUCUGUGUUCAUCCGGCCAGGGAUGGUGAGUAACCGGGGGCAAGGGCUGGGUCGAGACAAGCCCCAACUGGGAACCCCUGCUUCAUCCACCCUGUGGAGCCCACCGCAGCCCCGGCCAGGACAAGAAGCAAGUUCCCUGGCGGAGACUGGCGAGGUGGAGCCGGAGAUUGCUGGCAUCCUCCCACCGGGUGAGGUGGAGGGCGUCCCUCCCCGACCCCUCAGCCCCACCCGUCUGCAGCCAGUGUCGCUGCCCAACACGGAGGACAUCCAGGACAAGGAAGAGCUGCUGAAGCUCCGAGCGUCCAUCCCGCGGGCCCUGAAGAAGCGGACGUCCAUCGACCAGCCACCGGAGGAGAGGCUGCCCCUGGAGCACCACACCCGCCGCUACCAGCAGCUGACCAGCUUCUUCCGCCAGGGGUCCCAGGAGGCAGCCGAGGACCCGGCGCAGACCUCGCCCGCCUUCGACCCGGAGCACGGGCCGAUCCCAGCCAGCACCGUCACCGUGUCGCCGACGGCUUCCCCCGUGAAGCGCUCGAUCCUGAAGAAAGAAGGCAGGUCUGGGACAAGUAAGAAAAUGAAGGCACGAUUGAGUCCGUUAGUGGUUUUACUGGAUGCGGCGCUGUUGGGGGAGCUGGAUGUGGUGCAGCAAGUUGUGCAUCAGAUAGACGACCCAAGCCAAUCAAACGACGAAGGCAUCACGGCGCUCCACAACGCCGUGUGUGGCGGCCACUAUGACGUCGUUGAGUUCCUCGUCAACUUUGGAGUCAACGUCAAUGUGUCUGACAGUCACGGAUGGACGCCCCUCCACUGCGCUGCCUCCUGCAACGACCUGCCGAUCUGCACCUUGCUGGUUGAAGAAAGGAGCCGCCAUCUUCUCGAUGACGCUCACGACGGGGCGACGGCGGCGGAGAAAUGCGACCCCUACCUGGAUGGCUACGAGGAAUGCGCCCGAUUUCUGUUCAGUGCAGAACAGCAGGCGGGCAUGGUGAACAGUGCGGUUCUCUACGCCCUGUGGGAUUACGAGGCGGAGAACUCGGACGAGCUGUCAUUCCGGGAAGGCGAGGCGAUUACCAUCCUGCAGCGCGGCGACAAGGAGGAGAGCCACUGGUGGUGGGCUUCCCUAUACGGCCGCGAGGGCUACAUCCCCUACAACCUCCUCGGGUUGUUUCCGAGGGUGAAGCCCGCCGUGUAGGGCAAGAGCCGGAUGGAGCAGCCCCUACCCUCCACCCCCGCAUCGGGCAGUGUCCGUGACUCAUCAGCCAGAACGCCGGAAGAGUGGUCUGGAAUUGUCCUCGAUCUCCUCGAGAAUCCCGGAUCUCCUGCAGGGGUCGCCUCACCUGAACCUGAGAGGUUUAUUGCCUCUCGCUGUCCUCUUCCCGAAGCAUUCCUGAUCGGGAGAACGUCCCACCACCAAACUGGAUGCAGGUCUGCUUUACUAUUCCUGACAGUAUUUGGAGGAGGGAUCAUUCCCGGGGGACCAAGAUUCCGACUUCCCCCACCCCGCCUCGUCCUGCGGUGAAUUCACUCCCACCCCACUGCUCCUGGCAUCGUCCUGCACCUUUCAAGUGUACUGUCUGGAAACCCGUCCGUCAUCAGUGGAGAGGGGGACCUUCCCGGGAAGGGGGGACGAGCUGCCGACUUGUUUCCCUCAGCAUUCCCGUUGGUGGAGGAGGCCACAGGAGCUGCCGGCUCCCCCAACCUUAUUACAGGAGGAGAACUCUUCAGUUAAAUGCCCAUUAUAAGCUGAUAUAAUCGAACCCACAAUUUGGUCUGGAUUUGACCGGAGGAUCUCUCCCAGAUCCAGAUUUCGUGCGUGCAAUGAAUGUUGAUGCUUUUAGAUAUUUGUAUGUCUUUGUACCGUCAUUAAA